AGGAGACUUGUCUUAUACGGGAAUGCUCCGAAUUCUGAUUGUCAGCUGACAUAAGACGUGAAGCGCAAUCUAUCCUUGCUUCUCUGCUGACGCUACCCCACAGGUUACCAUUUACUUCCUAUAAAUUCACUCUUCAUAUCUAUUCAUCUAUCUCAUCUUACCAGAAAUAAAGAAGCCACUGAAAUAUCCGCCAUGUCUGAACUCAAAGUCCACAGUUUCUACCGCAUCUGGUUCACCUGGAUCGAUCCACUGACCGUUCUUCCAACCGUCUACGCUCUCAUCUUCACCCCCGAAUUCAUCCUCGAUGGCCUUAUUCCACUCAGUAUGUCUGCGUACAAUCCAGACCAGGCCUUCUUAUUUCACCAGCUCGCAGCACUAUUCGCGUUUGUCGCCAUCAUGCUAGCUGUGCUUCUAAGGGUUAGCUCUGAUAUCAAAGUAUGGAGAGUCGUCAUUGGCGGCGUGCUUCUCAUCGACAUUGCCAUCUUGAUCAGUGUCUUUGUCAGCAUGAAACAGCAGGGUCGGUUGGGGCUGUCUAUGUUCAGGUGGCAAGAUUGGGGGAACUAUCUGUUCACUGGUUGGGUUGCUGUUGUGAGGGCUUUGUUCUUGGCUGGGGUUGGAGUUGGCGGUGUGAACAAGGGAAAGGUGGCUUGAAUGCUGACAAUGAGAUUAGUCUCUUAGUUAAUUGCUAGUUUGAGUCACGGCAUCGGAUGUCCUGGAUGUCAGAUUGUUGUUUGUAUGAUCAAGGGUACCUCGUGUUCUGCGGCAGUACAUAUAACAGAGUCUCUGAUUCAAUUCCAAGGGCGGCGCCAGUGUCAAUACAGCAAUGAAGCUGAAGAACAUUCACAUAAAAGGAUUCAAGUUCCAU